AUGUCCGAUUUAGAAGAGAACGUUCCAGUUAUCAAGAAAUUCGUGGAAAAUGAUGCUGGAGAUGGAACCAGAAGAGAAGAUCAGUACCUUACUGGAAGAAAGCUUGUGAUAGCUCUACUUUCGGUGUUACUGUGUAUGUUUUUGGUGGGUUUGGACCAAACCAUUGUCACCACCAUUUUGACACAAGUGGGAAACAAGUUCGACGCGUUUAGCAAAAUCGGGUGGUUGGUUUCGGGGUUCAUGGUGCCAAUUGCAGUUUUUGCAGCCAAUUGGGGUCAAGCGUCGAUUAUAUUUGGUAGAAAGUAUACCAUGUUAGUAGGAAUCGUAUUGUUUGAAGCCGGUUCCUUGUUGUGUGCCUUGGCCACCGGCAUGAACAUGUUGAUUGGAGGCCGGGUGUUGGCGGGAUUUGGUGCUGGAUGCAUCCAGACGUUGGUGUUCAUUGUAUCAUCUGAAAUGACCCCCAUCAACUUGAGACCUUUUGUGUUUGCCAGCUUUGGCUUGGUCAUGGCCGUGUCGUUGGUGCUGGGUCCCAUCAUUGGCGGUGCCUUUGCCAGCCUGGUAUCAUGGAGAUGGUGCUUCUAUGUCAAUUUACCUAUUGGAGGCCUUGCUGGUCUCAUGUUCUCCUUGACUUUCAACCCUCCCCCACCUAAAAUUGAGCUCAGAAGCAAGUUCAAAUUGAUUGAUUAUACUGGCACCUUGUUGAUUGCCGCAGGAGUGGUAUUGUUUUUGGUAGGAGUGACGUUUACUUCGACAGGGCAGUACCCCUGGGACUCGGCGGCGGUGAUUCUGAUGGUGGUCUUAGGCAGCUUGUUUUUCAUUUCCUUCUUUGUGUGGUCGUUCAAGUUCUCCCACCACCCACUCAUUCCUUUUGAUUUGGUCAAGGUCUUGCCACUUACGGCGGCUGGGUUCUGUAUGUUUUUCAUGUUCAUGACCUUCAUGGGCCUGCUUUUGUAUCAAUCAGUGUACUACCAGAACAUCAAGGGACGCGACGCUUUACACUCAGGUUUGAGCACAUUGACAAUUGUGAUCCCCAUGAUUAUGGGGUCUGUUGGUGGAGGCAUCGCUAUUGGUAGAACCAGACACAUCAAACCCUUCCUAGUGUCUGCCAGUGCAAUAGUCUUGGUGGGUUCCGGUCUCCUCACUUUGGUUGAAGUGGAUUCUUCUUUGGGUCAGUUAAUCGGGUACAACAUUCCCUUUAGUAUGGGAUGUGGUUUGUUAUUGCAAGGUUGUCUUUCAUCUUCGCAGGUGGUGGCCCCAAAAAUUGAUGGGGGUAUUAUCAUGGCUUCAUCUUUCAUGUUGUUCAUGAGAAGUAUUGGUGCUGCACUUGCGUCGAUUCUUUGUGAUAUCAUCUACCACUCUUCGUUCAACACCAAGUUGCAACCAGCAUUGAAUGCUCUUACCGACAAAUCUCUUAUAGACGAGCUUUCUGCCUUUGACUUUGCCUCACUUUCCUCCAACACUGGUUCAUUGGCAACCUUGUCUCCCAAAGCCCUUCUUGUGGUCAGGAAAGUUAUGAUGAACUCCAUCAGAAAUGUGUAUUACUUUGUUUGUGGUACAGCUGCUUUGGCACUUAUUUUUGGUGUAUUUACUAGUAACCGUCGAGUUCCUUCUAAGGAUGAAGUUGUCACCAAGAAAGAAAGAGACGCACAAGAUAGAGCUGCCCUUGAACUAGCCAACAAAAGUGACAAUGCUUUGGAAGCAAGUGACUUGUCUUCUAGGAUUUCUACUACAGAGAGAGAUUCAGGGUCUGUCACCACAACCAAAGAACUUAAUACAGAAAAGGCUUAGUCAGACAUUAGCCAUUGUAAAUAUGAAUACCUACCACAUAAGGGUGAUAGUGGAUACUAUAUAUAUAUUAACUUCAUAACUCACCAAUAAUAUGAACUAAUUCUUGGAGUAUCAGUAGAACAAUUAGGUAAUCAGUUACAAAAAAAAAACAAAUGGACGAGACAGGAAUCGAACCAGUGACCUUCCGCAUGCGAAGCAGACGCGCUACCAACUACGCCACACGCCCAAAUUUUCAAUGGAUUAUAUACUUUCCCACCCACCCCGAAUACAUCAGAACCAACUCCUUCUAAUAGCUAUUGAAAGGGAUAGGACACUCGAUUAUCCCGUGUCUGAAACAAUACAAACCUAUCAAACU